GGGAGUGGGGUGCCGCAGGGCUGUGCCAGCAGGGCAGGAGGCUGAGGAUGGGGAUGGAGGGACUCCUGUCCCCUCAGGUGCUGUGGCUGCUCCUCUGGCUGCAGCUGUGCAGGGGGGCUGCGGAGGUGAGGCUGGAAAAUGGUGGUGGAUGCUGUGCUGGAAGAGUGGAGGUGAAACAAGAGGGCCAGUGGGGGACCAUGUGUGAUGACUUAUGGGACAUAGAUGAUGCUGCAGUGGUUUGUAAGCAGCUGGGCUGUGGGUCUGCUGUUAAAGCUCAUGAGUACAGAUACUUUGGGCCAGGGUCUGGCCCCAUUUGGAUGUUUGAUGUUCAGUGUCACGGCACUGAGUCUGCCCUGUCUGACUGCAGAAACAAAGAAAGGUCUCAACAAUACUGCGAUCACAGUGAGGAUGCUGGAGUGACAUGUUCAGCUGCACCCAGGACAGCAGCACCAACCCCCCGAGCAGAUCCCACCCGGGGCCGUCCAACGGGCAGCGGGAGAGUCUCAUUGCCCGUCAUCAUCUGCAUCAUCCUGGGAGCCCUUCUCUGCCUGCUCCUGGCCCUCCUGGCCGGGCAAGUGUGGAGCGCUAGGGCUGGGCGCAGAGGCUCCGAGAGAGCUUGGGAGCCCUUCCCUGAGGCCCUGUACGAGGAGAUCAGUUACAGCCCGGCGUGGGAGAAGCAGGCGAGGUUCAGCGGCUCAGGCUCCUGUUCAGAGGGAUCCCUGACCAAGGUGCAGCCCCAGCCUGGGGACAGUGAGGAGGAGGAUGGUCCAGGGUCAGCCCCAGACGUCCCUGUCGGGCCCAGAGGUGACCCAGCGGAUGGCUAUGAUGAUGCCAGGGAGGUUUUCUGA